AUGCACUUGCCUUCACGCAUCGAUGUGGCAUCCAGUCACCAAGAUGGCGUUGUCCGUGCAGGCUCCGUCGUGCAGGUACUGCCAGGACGGCAAUUUCCGUCCUUCUCCUCCGGAGAUAUUGGCGUCGUGCAGCGGGUAGAUGAAGAGGCUCGAACCUGCGACGUGCUCUUUGAUCAUGGCGCCGGUCCGCUGACAGUUGCCAUGCGCCAUCUCAAGCUCAGCCAGGACACAACGCCACUAGGUCAAAACUCGGCAAGGAUGGAGCAUGGAGCGUAUGGAGCUGUGCAGGCGUUGUACAGCCCGAAGGCUGCCAAGCGCUUGCCGAAUGACAUCGAGGCGCAACUGACAGCUCAGCAGCACCUCUUGAACUCUAUGGAGGCUCGACUUGUUGCGUGCGAGGCGGCCUUGAGUGUUGAGGAUGCUCGGGGGAAGCCUGCCGGAAGACUGGUUGCGGCGCGGGUGGCCGCGCUGGAAGGUGCUCACCAAGCCGAGGUCAACGACCUGAGACGUGCUUUGAACGAAGCCGUCGGCCUUUCGCGCGAGCAAGAUAACCUUCAUAGAAAGCAUCGGACAGCUGGAAGAGAACUUGAGCAGCUCUUCCAGGGCCUGGAGCAACGUUGCCAAAGCUUGCAAGAGAUUGCUCGAAGGCUGGAAACAGACUUAUCCGGAUUGACCGGAACGAUGAGCAGCCACGAACGGCGCGCGGCCAACCUCCAGGAUGUGGUUGCCUCCUCCAACACGGGCUUGUCGGAGCUGGCUGCGCUCUUGGAGGGCCAGGAGCGGCGCACAGUCGAUCUUGCCCAGGCCCUCAGCUCCGCCAGAAAGGACCUCGUGGAGGUGUCGGACCGUUUCGAGACUUCCAGGCGCAGCGUCCAUGACCCCGAGCGCCGUCGAGAUCGAGAGCUGAAGAGUCCGGCUUCGACCCGGGAGGGACAGGACGAAAUCUGGAAGGCUUUGCGAGAGCUUCAGGAACUGGUGGUGCACGAAUCUGAGCACCGCGCAGCUGGCUUGCGCGAGGUGUUGGGAGUGAUUGGGAAAGAUGCUGAGCAGCUGCGAAGUGAGCUGUCACGCCACGAGACUGAGAUUGAGGGCCGCUGCAAAGCAGAAGGCUUCAAAAUCAAGCACCACAUCGCUGAGUCACAGGCUCGCAUAUCAGAGUAUGAGAAGCAGACCACUCGUUUAGACAAGCGUCUAGAUGCUAUUUCUCAAGCCUUGUCUGCGGAGCGCAAUGCGCGAAUUGAGGCCUUCGUGUGGUUGGAGGAGCAGGCCGUCUUUGUGCUGAUGAGAGUCUGA